CAUUUCACGUGUCAACUAUAAUAAAUUAUAUAUCAGUGCUAACAAAAAAAAAAAAUGGUGAAUUUGCAUGGAGCUUUCAACAUUCUUUUCAUUUUGGGAGUUGUUAUUUCAACCCAUAUACACGUCGUAGCAGCGCAAGGAGUUUUCGACGUUACGGAUCCGAAAUAUGGAGCAGUUGGUGAUGGAGUAAAAGAUGAUACUCAGGCAUUUACGAAAGCGUGGGCUGAUACAUGCGCAGCAACAGCAGGGAUACCAAAAUUGGUUGUUCCUAAAGGAAAGACAUUUUUCGUCGGACCAACUUCAUUUAUGGGUCCUUGCAAAGCUAAAAAUGUCACCUUUGAGCUUGGUGGAACAAUUGUCGCGCCCGAAAACCCUGCAGCAUGGAAUAGUGCCAAGGGUGGUCCAGGAACAUGGCUCGUAUUCAACGGUGUGACUGGUCUUCUGGUAAAUGGAGGUGGAGUUAUCGAUGGACGCGGGAAGGGUUGGUGGCAAAAGUCGUGCAGCAACACUAAACAUCUAGGUGCACCAGGAUGCACCAAGACACAACCGGCCGCGAUAAACUUUUGGGGGACAAGUGGUGGUCAAUUCAGAGACAUCACGGUUCAAAACAGUGGAAUGUUUCAUGUAACUCUCUUGAAAUUAGAGGGUUUUGAAGCCUACAACAUCAAGAUUAACUCCCCUGAAGAUAGCCCCAACACCGACGGUAUUCAUCUUCAAGAUGUCAAACAGGUCACCAUUGCUGACAGCCAGUUUAGGGGUGGUGACGACUGCGUCUCGAUUGGAGAUCGAAGUUCAUUUGUCUACGUCCGCAACUGCCAUUGUGGACCUGGACAUGGAGUAAGUAUUGGAAGCUUAGGGAAGAAUGGAGCACAGGCAGAUGUAGAGGAGAUCCACGUUGAGAAGAUUGAAUUUGUCGGAACCAUGUUUGGUGCUAGAAUCAAGACUUACCAGGGUGGAAAAGGCUACUGCCGAAAAAUUUCAUAUAAGAACAGCAAUUUCACUAAUGUGAUGAAUCCUAUAUUCAUCGACCAAUUCUACUGGUCCACGAAUAAGAAUGAGGUGGGAAGCGCUGUGAGUAUUAGCGACGUAACCUUCGAAGGUUUAACAGGAACAACGGAUGUAAAAACACCAACAGCAAUCUCUCUGAGUUGUAGUAAAUUGAUUCCUUGCAGCGGUAUUAAAAUCAGUAAUGUCAACUUAACACCUGCAGUAGCUGGGACAAAGCUCACCUCUAAUUGUAGUAAUGCCAAAGGAACCAUUCUUGGAAAAGUUGAACCAGCCGUAACUAGUCUGAUUAGUUCAGCAUAAGGAUGUGGUGUUCAAUGCCGAGCAAUAAACUCUGGCUAAGAGUGUCAACAAAAAAUUUGACGCAUUUACAAGUAGGCAAGUGAAAGAGUGUAAAUAAAGGUUAAUGACCUUCAAAGGUUCUUUGAAAAACCCUUGAACCAAAUGAAAGACUCAUACGAAUAGUAGUUAUUCUUAACCAUUGAUUUCAAUCAGGAUUCAUCAAUCAAUCAAGAUAUAUAUAUAUAAUAAUAAAACCUUCUAGUUUAGUUAGUUUGGGGGAUGGAUUCCAAACCCGGUCUCCUUUUUUUUCUGGAUCUGUUAUAUUUAUUGGGUUGAGGUACCUCUUUAAAUACCUCUUUUCCAAUGAAUCUUUUCCUAUUGACCGAUGAAAAAAAAAGGUUAGUUACUUUGAGAUUUUGCUUAGCUCAUAUUUAUACUGUAAGCAUAUUCACUCAUUUGUUGUUUCUGUACUUCCCCUUGACAGCAUAAGUCUUGUAAUUUUUACUCUUUUUCAA